AUGACACGGCCUACCAUCAAGGGCACGAAGAAGAAGAAGCGCAAACAAUAUAAGCGCGUGCGCGUCGAAUAUGGCCACAAGCAAGACAUUCUCAACUACAUACACGCCGCUGGCAAGGAGCGCCAGUCAAAGCAGCAACUUAUCAGUAAAUGGCGCGCCAACGAUUCGAAGACAAAGGCGGCUUGUGAAAGCGGUCAUGCUCGCCACCUCAACUUCCGUGAGCGAGGCAUGGCUGCAGUGCUUUCUAAGGAAGCAGAAGAAGAUAUUGUCCUGUGGAUCAACACUCUGCGGAAGGAUGGAGCUCCAGUCUCUCGAACGAUGCUAAACUGA